AUGAAUGGACUUGAUAUUACUUGUCGUUCCUUGGCUGACAUCAAUAAUGCUGUGACUGUCAGAGAAGAGUAUCAAGUAGAUGCUCAACAUAUAGUCGGAGUGUUCUGCAAUCCAGAGACUUAUCCAACCAAGGAUCAAGUGCAUGAGAUGAAGUCUCAAGGUGUUAUUGUUGCUGUUUGUUUACACCCGAGGAAGACUAACCCGUCGCCGGAACAGUGGCAAAGGUUUGAAGAGUUACUUACCUGGCCGGAAAUCACAGCUGUUGGAGAAGUCGGCACAUACAGAACAGAACCAGUUAACACUUGGUCUUCUCAAAUGUUGAAUAUUGACCGUGCUGUACAGUCUCUACGACCAGACCAGGUACUUAUCCUUCUCGGUAGGAGCUCGAACAAAGACCCUGAUGAAGCCUGGUUGACAUUUCUGUUCAUUCUCAAGGCUUGUCCAAAAGUAACCAGAGAACGUCUCGUCCAUUGUCGUUGUUUCUUGGGAUCCAAGAAGUUAGUUCAGCCUUGGAAUAGGGAAUUUCCUAAUACUUACUUCGGCUUUACCAGUAUUGUCUCGAAGUUUAGGACCAACCAGGACACUACCAAGACAGACUGUAUCAAAUGGCUAACUGAAAACAGACUCCUGCUUGAAACAGAUGCCCUAUACUUUCCCAAGGAAGGCCACAAGAGAAGUGUUCCAGCUCUCUUUGUAUAUUCAGCAGUUGAAGUCGCCAAAGUUAGAGGAGUCGCUUGA